AUGCUAUGCGAUGUAUGGGAACCAGCCGACGUCUGGACUGGCAUCUCCGACCAGAACCGGAGGAAGAAGCUGCAAAACAAGCUCAACCAGCGUGCUUACCCCCAAAACCGCGUCAAAGAAGUAUACGAGGGCUACUCGCUCCACGCGCCGCGGCCGUCGGCACUGCACGUCCUCAUCCGCCUGCGCGUCCUCGCAGCCCUAGCCCACAACGCCGCCGCCAUAGGGUUUCCCCCACAAGGCCUCUGCCGCGAUGACUUCGUUUCUCCAUAUAACCUGAGCGGACCUCUGGAGCUAGAGAACCUUGAUUUGACGACGCCCGGCCGCGAGAGCCUUCGUCCGACGAACCUGCAGAGGAGAGUCCUCCAUCACCCCUGGAUCGACCUCUUCCCCUUCCCCGUCUUCCGAGACAACGUGCUGCUUGCGAUGGAGUCUGGCUUGGUGGACGACGAUCAGCUUUGUGCUGACAUCCUCGAGGUGAAGGAUGAGGACUUGGCUGGCAGGCCGUCUCUCAUCGUCUGGGACGAGGGGAAAGAAGGAUCAUUUAUGAAGUAUGACGUAUAA